AUGGCUAUGAACAACAUCUGGAAGAUCUCUGUUACGAAACGUGCAUAUGAUGCAGAUGUACGCGGUCUAAUGAAUCAAUAUGGUGUCAUGACUGAAUACGAGGUUGUCAGUGGAUUCAUAGUCAACUCUACCAUAAAGGUGGAGCAAGUGAAAUACAGAGAGCGGUCAGUGAACGAUGACCGGUAUUACUGUAAAAAAUUUGGAAGAACAUCUUUGCCGAAUAUCAGCAGCCGAGGCAAAAACCAGAUGGGUAUUAAGAGCAGACUGGAAGCCAAGGCCUAUGCUUGGUAUCAUGUUGCGUAUCAUCCAUGCGAGAGAGGGAUGACCCUGCUGACAAUAUGA